UCAUAUAGUCAUACCUCACACCCAGUCCCCGCUAACCCCUCUCUCUCUCUCUCUCUCUCUCUCUCUCUCUCUCUCUCUCACGCACAGAGCUAAGAGAAUGCUGGCAAUGAGAGACACCUCUCCGGCAGCAGCAGUGGCAGCCGCCGCGAAAGCAGAGGUUUCUUUGUCAUCUGGGGAAUCAGAGCUAAAUGUGAUGGCAAACAUAUGGAAGGCAAACAAAUGGAAGACCAAGAGCAAGAACACAAAUAGGAAAAGAUUCACCGAUGAGCAAAUCAGGUUACUGGAAUCUAUGUUCGAGACGGAGUCGAGGCCUGAGAUGGAGAUAAAAUACAAGUUGGCUAAUGAACUAGGGCUCCACCCACGCCAGGUUGCUAUAUGGUUCCAGAACAGAAGAGCCAGAUCCAAGUCUAAGCUGAUUGAGCAAGAAUACAACCUUCUAAAAAGAAGUUACGACAAUCUCGCUUCUAAGUUCGACUCCUUGAAGAAUGAGAAUCAGAGUUUACUCAUCCAGCUGCAGAAACUAAGAAAUCUGAUGGGAAAGCCGCAAGAUCCUGGAAAAUGCAGUGACGAAGAAUGUGACAACAUGGACACCCACAGUGACGCAGAAGAGGAAACUAACCGUCUUUUGGAUUGUAACCAACCUAAAAACAGAGGGCCUUUACGUGAUGAUAGUAGUGAAAACCUAGAGUACGUUACUGAAGAAGCCAAUAUUCUGAAGAUGGCUGAAAUAGUACCCGAUGGAUCCUUCAUAUCAACUGGAAACUGGUGCAGUUUUGAGUUGAACUUUGAGUCCGGUGGUGUUUUGGACCACCCGAGUUGUAGUUCAGAGUGGUGGGAAAUUUAGAUCAGUUUAUAUCAACAGCUUCAUCAUACCCAUAGAGUGAGCCAGAGUGACAUUGAGAUUAAGAAUGCAGGAAUGUAGUCGUGGCCACUGGCUAAUCACUAGAGCAUGAGUCCAUCCCCAUACUCCUAUGGUGCCUCCAAUUAGGUCAAGAGGAUUAAGAACUAAAAGAAGUAAGCAGAUGAGGUAAAAUCCUAGCUACAUGUAUUCAAGGGAUGUGAAGGACCUACAUAUUUUGCAUGUGAUGCAUGCAGCAGGUGUCUAUUUGUUUAUAUACUUGUCUGUGUGCAUGAGAGAGAGUAUGUCAUAAUGUACUUAUUGAAGUUCAAAACAGCGAGAACAAAAUUUGUAAGCAGAUGAGGUAAAAUCAGAGUUACAUGUAUUCAAGGGAUGUGAAGGACCUACAUAUUUUGCA